AUGAGUUCGGAGCAACAACCGCCCAUCGUCGAGGCCGACCCGCGCGGUGACCUCACGCUCAACGUGGGCAACCCGAGCGAUGAUCCAUCUUCGUCACGAUGCUUCCUGGUUUGCUCCCGAACCCUCGCCAGGAUAUCACCCGUCUUCGACCGCAUGCUCUACGGCGCCUUUGCCGAGUCCAGGGGCAAGCACACGGCUGAGGCAGCUUGGACUGUAGAUCUCCCGGAAGACCCCCCCUUUGCAUUCACCAUUUUUGUCACGAUAUCCCACGGCUUUGUUCACAAAGUGCCCCAUUCUCUAUCUCUCGACGAGCAGUACGGCCUGACUGUCUUGACACACUACUACGAUGUCACGCGCAUCCUCGCCCCAUGGGCCUCCAGAUGGAUCGCCUCCCUUCACGAACCCAAUCCAGGCUCUCCUAUCCUUCUCGCAAAGCUUCUAUGGAUCAGCUGGGAGCUCGGCCGCGGCCCCCUCUUUGAGUCCACCGCACGGCGAAUCCUCACAGAAGCCCCCGGCUCUCUCCUCGAUCCUGAUUCCCCUUUACACACUCUUCAAAUGCCUCCUGACAUUUUCGGUAAGCUCGAACGCGCCAUGUCGUUGUUGGAUAAACGCAUAACAGCCAUCCGCAAGCAGACCAUCCAGGCCAUGCUCGACGUCUUCCACGACCUGGCCGAACAUCUCGUCACGUCCAUGAUCCUCGGAUCUCUGACGUUCUGUCUCACGCGCGCCGGGCUCUGGCCGCUGCCGGAGGCGGCGGAGGUGGACCACAGCAUCUCCGCGCUCUAUGAGAUCAUGGCCAAUCUCGUCAUCCACGACAUCGGCCAGCCGACCAGGGGAGAUGCGGAUCACAGUAGCUGCAACCCGAGGACGGACAUUAUGAAGAGGAUCAAGGAGACUUUGAGGGAGAUGCCGAAUCCGGUGCUGGACUCCCACGUGAAGGAGCUGGAUAAAAAGAUGGCUAUGAUAAGUCUUUGA